AACAAGGACAGGCAAUAAAACAACAACAAAACAAAAACAAAACAGAAAAACAAAAAAACAAAAAACAAAAAAACCACCAGUCACCAUUAAUGGCAAGUAAUGUCAGACGGGAGCUCUUACAGUUGUAAAUUUGGCGAUGAAGAAUCUGAACCAAUAAAACUGAGAACUGAAACAACACCAAAGGCCCAGCUGAGAGACAUAUUUCCAGGAGGGGACAAUGUGACUCUAACUUGCUCUGUAGGACCAUCAUCAGCUUCUGGUUGGAGAUACUUCUGGUACAAAAAAGAGAAAACCUCUGAACCCCUGAAGACACAAGAUGUUUUCCUCACAAAUGACCGAAUCAGUGUCUCACGAGGAGGCGUCUACUGGUGCAGAGGAGGAAGAGGACACCCUGUUUACUACACAGAGUACAGCGAUGCAGUCGUCACAAACAGGGCUAUUGUGACCCUGCAACCCAACUGGCCUCAAAUAUACUCUCGAGAAACAUUCACUCUUACAUGUGAAAUUGAGGAUGGAGGAAACUAUGAGUGGGAGUUUUUUUGGACGACACCCGGGUCAGAAACACCUCAGAAAUCUCACCUUGCUCCUUCAUCAAGAAGUGGGAAAUACCAGUGUGUGGGCAGACUGAAAGGUGAAAUGUCUUACACGCUGUGGAGUGAUGUUUUCACAUUGACAGUAUCUAACGACAAACCUCUGCCUGUCCUCACUGUGUCUCCAUCAUGGCCGAGUCCUGGAGCCUCAGUGACUCUGAACUGCAGGGUUGAUCAUCCUUCUGCUGGCUGGAGCUUCUACUGGUAUAAGGCUGUUCCCCAAAAGUUAGGCUACCGUUACAGCUAUGAGCUGCUACCUGGCAGCUACAAUGGGACUGAAAAGCAUCUUUUCAUCAUUGAUGGACAAACACAAACAGCAGGAUAUGUUUGCAGAGCAAGAAGAGGAGAUCCAGUGUUUUACACUUCGUACAGCAAACCUGUGUUUGUUUGGUCUGGAGAUUUGAAUUCAGCAGCGUCUCUCACAGUGAGUCCUGACAGUGUGCAGCACUUCACCAAAACGUCUGUGUCACUGAGCUGUGAGGGAAACUCCACUGAGUGGAGAGUGAGGAGGUUUUCGAAAUCUGACAACCUUUAUCGAUGUUCUUCCUGGGGGACAAAGACUGGAUCCACAUGCAAAAUAACCAGAAGCUGGCUUAGUGGAGUGUUCUGGUGUGAGUCUGAAACAGGACAGUUCAGUAAUGCAGUCAACAUCACUAAAGAUGAUGGUGAUAUUAUCCUGGUGAGCCCUGUCCAUCCUGUGGCUGAGGGACGUUCUGUCACUCUUAGCUGCAAGUUCAAGACACAAACUGUUUAUAAUGUGGAUUUCUAUAAAAAUGACAAACUCAUCCAGAAUGAUACCAGAAGCGAGCUGACCAUCUCUGCAGUGUCAAAGUCAGAUGAAGGCUUUUAUAAAUGUAAACGGAGAGAUUCAGCAGAUGGUAGGACGUCACCAGAGAGUUGGGUGUCAGUAAAAUCAGCGUCCGGGCAUGGAAAAGCCUCUCAAUUUCCCAUUCUUCUGUUCGUUGGGCUGCUUUGUGGAGUUUUACUGAUUAUUCUCCUGCUGCUGUUCCUGUAUUUAUACAGAAAGUCAAAAGAUUCAUGCUAUAGCAGAUCUCAGAGGACCAAUCAGGGCCCUGCUACAGACCACAUGAUCAACCAGGAUGAAACUGACCAAAGAGAAUAUGCUUCUGUUCUCCAGGAUAAUGCUUGUCUCUAUGAAACAAUCACAGGCCCUGGAGAACCUGCAAAUGAUGAAUACACGGAUGUGACAUAUUCUGUUGUGGAGCUCAAAAACAUUUCUAAGAAGGUUUUUUCUUGCUUUCUCCUGAUCUGUCUAACAGGGAAGAAAAAUGAACAGGAGGAUUGUGUUUACUCACAUGUGAAGAUGGCAUCAGCUGCAGGGAAGUCAAAUCCUGCACCAGCGGAUGAAACUGUUUAUUCUGAACUCAAACCAGGAACAGCUCUUGCUUUGUCUAAAAGGGAAGGAAGUCCAGGCUGUGUAAAGAAGAUAAAAAACAACUUCCUUUUCCAAUAUUACAUUGGAAGAAUUUCUCAUAAACAGAGGAACAGUUUGUCAGUGUUGGAUGUGAAGAUGGGACACACUUUGCUCUCUCUCCUGGGGUUUUUAUUGCUGAAUUUACUUUACCGUGGACAAGCUCAAGAUGCUGUGCUGACCAUUGAGCCAAACUGGACAACUUUUUUUUCUGGAGAGUCUGUUACCUUCAAGUGUGACAUUACAGGAGACAAACACAGCGACUGGUUUUACUCAAUGUACAAGGAUGGUCAAGGAUUUCUCCCUUACGGCCAACAUGAGAGCUAUAAAUUACCCCGUCUAACUACAGACUGCAGUGGUGAAUACCAAUGUAUUUUCCAGCACGGGGGCUCAACAACAAGAAGCAAUAAAAUCUAUCUAAAUGUAUCAGAAAGACCUCAGCCUGUCCUCACUGUGUCUCCAUCAUGGCCGAGUCCUGGAGCCUCAGUAACUCUGAACUGCAGGGUUGAUCAUCCUUCUGCUGGCUGGAGCUUCAACUGGUAUAAGGCUGUUCCCAAACUGUCAGGCAACUCUUACAGCUAUGAGCUGCUACCUGGCAGCGAGAAUGGGACUGAACAGGAUCUCUUCAUCAUUGAUGGACAAACACACACAGCAGGAUAUUGCUGCAGAGCAGGAAGAGGAGACCCAGUGUUUUACAGUUCGUACAGCAAACGCAAGUUUGUCUGGUCUGGAGAUAUUCACUCAGCAGCAUCUCUCACAGUGAGUCCUGGCAGUGUGCAGCACUUCACCAAAACGCCUGUGUCACUGAGCUGUGAGGGAAACUCCACUGAGUGGAGAGUGAGGAGGUUUACAAAAUCUGGCAACCUUCUUCCCUGUUCUUCCUGGGGGACAAUGACUGGAUCCACAUGCAAAAUAACCAGAAGCUGGCUUAGUGGAGUGUACUGGUGUGAGUCUGAAACAGGACAGUUCAGUAAUGCAGUCAACAUCACAAUGAAGUAUGAUGAUAUUAUCCUGGUGAGUCCUGUCCGUCCUGUGGCUGAGGGACUUCCUGUCACUCUUAGCUGCAAGUUAAAGACAGGAACUGCUCUUUAUGAUGUGGAUUUCUAUAAAAAUGACGAACUCAUCCAGAAUUAUAACAGAAGGGAGCUGACCAUCUCUGCAGUGUCAAAGUCAGAUGAAGGCUUUUAUAAAUGUAAACGGAGAGAUUCAGCACAUGGUAGGACCUCAUCAGAGAGUUGGUUCUCAGUAAAAUCAGCUUCUCGGCCUGGAAAAGCCUCUCAAUUUCCCGUCCUGUUGACUUUUGGGCUGCUUUGUGGAGUUUUACUGAUAAUUCUCCCGCUGCUGUUCCUGUAUCGCUACCGAAAAUCAAAAGAUUCAGUCUUCAUCAGAUCUCAGAGCACCAAUCAGGGCCCUGCUACAGACCACAAGAUCAACCAGGAUGAAAUUCAAAACAUGCCAGAAUAUUCUACUCUCCUCCAUGGUGAUCGUUGUCUCUAUGAAACAAUCGGAGGGCCUGUAGAAGCUGGAAAUGAUUCAGUCUUCAUCAGAUCUCAGAGCACCAAUCAGGGCCCUGCUACAGACCACAUGAUCAACCAGGAUGAAAUUAAAAACAUGCCACAAUAUUCUACUCUUCUCCAUGGUGAUCGUUGUCUCUAUGAAACAAUCGGAGGGUCUGUAGAAGCUGGAAAUGGUGCCAGUAAUGAACCAGAAGAGAGCCUUUACAUAAACGUGGCUGCAGAUCAAUAAAGACAUCCUCAUGGACAGAACCAAUGGAACGGAUAAAAACAUGAAAAACAACAUCCUUGUUUCAGCAAUUGAGUGUAUUUGCUGCUUUUGUGGAAAUAGCGCAGUGCCUUUUUUUUAAUAAAGACUGUUAUAGGAACAUGCUGAAUGCUUUGCAAUUCAACUGUAUACUUACUUUCUGUGUACUUAUAUUUAGUGUAAAACAUUGUACUACAACAUCAUUUGUUACAUGUCUGAUUCAGAUCAUGUGGCUCUAACCUUGUUGUACAUUUGGUGAUAUUAGAGCGAGAUACUAAUAUAUGCAGUAUGGACACAUGCUUUAGCACUGUAGAUGCACACAGUGGACACACAAAUAUAUUAUUAAUAAAACCCAAAUGCAAUUAUA